CGCAGCCUGCGAGACGCGCCUCCAGCAUAGAUGCUCGCUCGCAGUUUACUCGGUGCGGUGCGGAGACUCGAAGGGAGACGAGGAGCUGCACACUGAGCGUAUUGCCUAUGCCGCUGAGGAGCUGGCGAUUGCGGGAGCGAUGAGACACAUGAAUCCCUCGCUGGGCAGCAGGACAUGAGACCUGCCGUCCACCACUUUACCCCCUAGUGCUUUGGCCCCUCUUUAAUCCCAGUUGCCUUGCAGAAUAAUUUACGCGCUAUCUAGUCAUAGACAGGUUGUAGGUGUUUGCUUGUAGCAUACCAAUUCCUCCUGGGAUUUUGUUUUUUCUCUGCUAAUAUUAUCUGACCGGCAAGAACGAUGGCUUGGAAAGCGGGACUGCUGCUCUUAUGCUGGGGGUUGACGUCUGGCGAAGUUGACGUCCAAGCAGCGGAACCAGAGAGCCCCUCAUCUCCAGCAAGAACUUUGGAUUUCGGCUACGUUCCAGCCGGAGUUUACGAGACCGUGGCCCACUAUGAGCCGGGGCCGAUAGGGAUUCUAUUCCACAUGGUCCAUGCUUUCCUCUACGUUGUCCAGCCCAAUCCAUUCCCUGAAGAUCUCGUCAUCAGAGUGGCAAAGGAUAAAUUUGGGGCAAUCCAGUCAGAGUACCAGAAGCCAGAGAACAUUGUUCUCACUCUUCAGGUGAUCUACUAUGAGAUGGGCUUUGUGGUAUGCGUGCUGCUGGGGGUGAUCUUCCUGGUCCUGAUGCCACUGGUGGGCCUGCUCUUCUGUCUGUGCCGUUGCUGUGACAACUGUGGCGGCGAGAUGCACCAGCGCCAGCGCAAGAACGCCGACUGCCAGAGAGGCCUGCUGGCCACCCUGCUCUUCUCCACCUGCAUCGUCAUUACUGCUGGAAUCCUGUGCUCGUAUGCGGCCAAUCAGCACCUUAGUUCCCAGCUGAAGCAGAUGAGGCGGUUGGUCAACAGCAACCUGAGGGACCUGCACACGUUUGCCAACGAGACGCCCACUCAAAUCGAGUACUUGAUCUCCCAGUAUUCCACCGCUAAGAAUCAAGUGCUGUUUGACCUGGAGAACAUCGGGCCACUACUGGGAGGGAGGAUCCAUGAGGAGCUGGGGAAGGAGGUGCGACCUGCUCUGGACGGAGCUCUCAACAUGGCUGGAGCCAUGCACGAGACGAAGGAGGCCCUGGAGAACGUCAGCAUGACCCUGGAGGUGUUGCAGGACGGGGCCGGGAAGCUGCGCUUCAACCUGAGCCUGGUGCGCUCGGGCCUCAACACCUCGCUGGACGACCCCGUGUGCACCGUGCCCGGCUCGCCCGCCGCCAAGGUCUGCAGCCGCGUGCUGACCUCCCUCAGCCAGCUGCACGUCGGAGCCAACUACUCCGAGUUGCCUAGCGUUACUCCUCAGCUGGAGAAGGUCAACGAGGCCCUGAAGACAGACCUUAGCGGCAUCGUUCAGAAGGGGUACUCAUCUUUCAAUGACACGCCAGCCAUGGUGGCGGAUCAGACUAGGAAUGUGGUUGAAGGUGUGCGUGACAUGCUGGAUGGCAUUGGCACGAACAUCACUGGUUUCUCUAAGCUGUUCCCCAUGCACAACUCCCUGACCAACUUCACCAUCCUCAUCAGCCACGGCCACUCCCGGAUCGAGGACUUGUACCCCGAAAUCGACCGCUACGACUUCUACAGGUGGACGGUGUGCAUCACCCUGUGCUGUAUGGUGGUGAUGGUGCUGGCCUUCAACCUGCUGGGCAUGCUGUGUGGCAUCCUGGGCUUCGACCGCCAUGCCACCCCCACCACCCGCGGCUGCAUCUCCAACACCGGGGGCAACCUGCUCAUGGCGGGCGUUGGGUUCAGCUUCAUCUUCUCGUGGAUUCUGAUGGCCGUGGUUGCUGUCAGCUUCUUGGUGGGUGGCAACGUGGAGAAGCUGGUGUGUGAGCCCUUUCACACCAAACAGCUGUUUAAGGUGUUGGACACCCCUCACCUCAUCAUGCCUGCCUGGAAGAACUUCAUCCCUGGCUACCUGUACAAUGACCCCGAGAUGGACCUGACUGUGGAGAGCUUUUACAGUAACUGCAAAGAAAAUAGGGGGAUCUACUCCGCUCUACAUCUGGAUAAGAUCUUCAACGUCUCUGCCUUCCUGAACACCAGUGUGUUCACAGAGGACGUGGCCCAUGUGAUUGACGGCGUGAAGGUUGACCUGAGGGGCAUCAUCCUUCUGGAGUCGGAGGGCAAAGACAACCUGGUCCGCUUCACCGAGACUGGUAUCGGCGACAUCAAUUACGCAGACUACCUGGAAGAGGUUAACAAAAGGGUCACUCUGGUGGAUCUGCUGUCGUUCGCCAAGGAGCUGGACGCCCAAAGCGAGGAACUGCCGAAGGGCUCCCUGCAGACGUCCCUGAAGGGCCACGCCAGCACCCUCCGCCAGAUCCACACCCAGCAGGUCCUCCCCAUGGAGCAGUCACUGAAAUAUGUUAGAGCGAGGACCACGCUGAGCCAGAGCAUCCGCAUGCUGCAGAUGACCUCCAGAGAGCUGCCUAGCAAAGUUUCUACCGUCUUGAAUACCAUAGAGGCGGCCCAAUAUCUUAUCUCCCACAAUGCAACUUUCGUGGUCAGUCAGGAAAUAGAGAGAUACAAACAAACCAUUAUUGGAUACUUCCGGCAGUACAUCAAUUGGGUUAAGGCCUCACUGGCUCUGGAGGUGGCCCCUUGCAAGCCCUUCAGCAACAUUGUGGACACGAUGGAGAUUGUGGCCUGCAGCUUCCUCAUUGACUCGAUGAACACCUUCUGGUUGGGGCUGGGUGGUGCCACUCUCUUCCUGCUGCCCAGCUUGAUCCUGGCCGUGAGGCUGGCCAAGUUCUACCGCAGAAUGGACACGGAGGACGUCUACGAUGACUUUGAGACAAUACCCAUGAAAACUAUGGAAAUUGGUUAUAAUGGUUAUCAUAAUGAGCGUUUACGAAGUAUCGCAAACCCAAUAAUGAGAAGCCUCCCAGCCUACGACACAAUGACUAGAUUCCCACGAGCCUCGGCGCCCCCCCGGCACGCUGACUGGUGAAAGAGAGGGGCCGCAUUUUGUCUUGCUUGUUUGUUUGUUGUUUUUUUGUUCUUUGUUUUUGUUUUCCCUCGUUGCCACCCAGCUCUGGAAAGUUCAAUCAGUACACUCUGGCAUUGAGUCUUUGGAUUCAGGCUUCCUCAUUUCCCAUGACCACUUGCACGCAUAGACAAAGCUCCGAGUGUCUUCAUCAACACUUGGGGAUUUCCACCUUAGAAGAAGCUCCACGGAGGAGCCAAUGUCGCAGACUCCAGUCAGAUUCACCCUCCUCUGUGUCGCUCCUCACCCCUGUCAGACGGGCAUCUGUCUGUCUUGUUUCGUCCUUUCGUCGCUUGUUUAGUAGGAUGCCCGUCUCUGCCACACGGGCGUGCCAGAGGGUCCUCGCCGUCUCUGCUGACAGUGACACUCUCACCUUUGACUUGAAGUGACUGGUGAACUUUGACCUUUCAGAAAGAGGCCUGUGGGACCCUCUGAACUAUCUUCUACUGCAUGUUUCUAUGUUUACAAAUAGUCCAGGGCUGCACAGAGUCAGGCCACGCCACGCCUGAAAAGGGUUGACCGUCAGUGACAUAUCUCAGAUUCUGUGGCUUAACGCGUAGCGCGCAUUAGGGCAUUUUUGAGUUGCUUCCACUGGUUAUUUUAUGUUCCUUUUUGUUUUGAAGCCAUGUCUGAAGCACACUGCUUGUCUCUUUAUACUUAAAUUGUUUAAUUGUUUACUGAGAUUGUGUGUGUGUGUGUGUGUGUGUGUGUGUGUGUGGGGGUGUGCCUGCGUGUGUGUUUGUCUUUGUGUGUGUG